AUGCGGAUUCCUAUCGCAGUGCAGCUUGCGCUGCUCGUCCUCAUCACGACGCUGACGGGAGUCGCCAUCCUCGCCAUUGCCACAUGGUUUACCACCUAUAAUUUUGUGGUGGACGUCGGAGCGCAAGGUCUCGAGCUCGUGGCAACCAUCAAGGCGAGUCAGAUUGCAUCCACACUCGAGGUCGUCGAGGUGACCUGCAAGACAAUCUCCACCCGAAUCUUAAUCCAGGCAGCCCUCAAGCGAUACUAUGCCGGCAAUGACUCGACCAGCAAUUGGAGCAAUUCCAUCUUGGAUUUCCAGUCGGCACUCGGCAGCCGAGGCUUCCUCAGCCUGUACCAGGUGAUGCUGUAUUCGCGAAAUGGAGAAAAUGGAGACUCGCCAUUGCUCAAUGUCACCAGCGACACGCUCCCGGACAUAACCCUACCCUAUACCGACGCCAAUGGGACCGCCGUCAUGCUGGGAGAUGAGGUCUUCCCCCCCAUGCUCUAUCCGAAUUUGACCUACACCCAGUCCGCCAACGAUAACUCCUCAUGGACCGUACGCGCCUUCUCGGACUAUACGCUUGGUUUGAGCACGACAUUGCUGCUGGGCCCGCUAUGGGUCAACGACUCAUUUUCCUUGAUAUCAUUGACCCUGCCCAUUGUCAACAACACCUCCGAUACCGAGCUCCUAGGCUUCAUGACCGUAAUGGCAAGUGCCGCGAGCAUCCAGGACGUCAUCUCGUCUCGCGAUGGACUGGGAGACACCGGCCAGGUGCUACUCUUGGGGCCCUCUCGACCGGAGAACCUAUUCGCCGGGGAUGCUCAGCCUGCAACCGCAACUUCCACCGCCGACUCCGCCGGUUUGGCGGAUGCCCAGGUUCAUUAUGUCUUUGAACCAACCCCACUACCCGGCCAGAUGAGCCGGCAUCGCGAGAUGACAACCAGUACCCCGUUCGCGCUGUCGAAGUACCCGGUGGCACUGGAGGUCAUGCGGCAGUCAUACGAUCAGGAGAACGGAUCCAUCAGUCGACUAUCGACCACCAACGAGGAAGGGGCUCGGGUAGCGGUGGGCGCCAUUCGUCCUCAGACACAAUUGGCGGAGUGGAUCCUCGUCGUGGAAGAGACGCAUUCAGAGGCAUUCAGUCCCGUCCUACGUUUGAGAAAAAUUAUCCUGGCGUGUUUCUUUGGCACGGCGGGCGCCAUCCUCCUGCUCGUGCCACUCCUCACCCACUGGGCAGUGGCUCCGAUUCGAAGGUUGCAAGAAGCUGCCCGCAAGUCAGUCGUGCCGCAAAUCCAAACCCCGCCCUCUUCACGACAAGAGCCUACGGGUAGCGACUCUCACGAGGGCGACGUCGAAGCCAUCGAGGAGCAGCUGGACGAGAAGAGCAGUCCUGUCUCGUGGGUGAAGCAUAUUCGGCGACCGCUGCAGCGAUUCAAUAGUGCGGGUAAUCUGGUCACCAGCACUGCUCAUCGGCCAUUCCGAAUCCCGGCGCGCGUGAAAGAACGACGGCAUUUCGUGAAAGAUGAAUUGACGGAAUUGACCAGCACCUUUAAUGAGAUGUCCGAUGAAUUGACCAUCCAGUACAAUCGUCUGGAAGAGCGAGUAGCUGAACGAACUCGCGAAUUGGAGAAGGCCAAGCUGACCGCCGAAACAGCCAACGAGAGCAAGACUUUGUUCAUUGCCAACAUCUCUCAUGAGCUGAAGACCCCACUGAACGGCAUUUUGGGCAUGUGCGCGGUCUGCAUGGGCGAGGAUGACCUGUCUCGAGUUAAAAAAUCUCUACAAGUGGUCUAUCAGUCGGGCGAUCUGCUUCUGCAUCUGUUGAAUGACCUGUUGACGUUCAGCAAAAAUCAAAUCGAGCAGGCCAUUCAGCUGGAAGAGAAGGAAUUCCGCAUUUCCGACAUCCGAUCCCAAUUGAGCACCAUUUUCCAAAAUCAGGUUCACGAAAAGCGAAUCGAUUUCAGCGUGGACUGUUUUGCAGGAGACGAAAUCCAAACCGGUCCCCGGAGUCGUAUGUGCUCGGACGGGGACCAUGGGCAACCACGUUCCAGUUCGGAUGGCACGCAACCAGCGAAGCUUAUGGAUAUGGUUCUGUGGGGGGACCAACAUCGAAUCCUACAGGUCUUGAUCAACUUGGUGAGCAACAGUCUCAAGUUCACGCCCGAAAACGGAACGGUGGCGGUGCGCAUUCGUUGUAUGGGGGACGCUACCAGCGGCAUUGAGGAUGUUGAGUCCCCGACAGAAGGUCGCGCAGGAAAUCCGCAGCUCCUCGUCGAUACUUCUCCAAUUCGAAGAAGCGUGCCCGAAAAAACUGGUCAACAGGCUGAGACUGCGAACGCAGAUCAGUCAUCUACUGUUGCUCACCUUCCACAAUUGCUCUUCCAAUUUGAAGUCGAGGACAACGGACCGGGCAUUCCGGGCCAUCUCCAGCGGCGCGUCUUUGAUCCUUUCGUGCAAGGUGACUUGGGAUUGAAUCGGAAGUACGGAGGUACGGGACUGGGACUGAGCAUCUGUGCUCAGUUGUCCCGCAUCAUGGGUGGUGUGAUUCUCCUGGACAGCCGGGAGGGGCGAGGAUCCAUGUUCACACUGCGGAUUCCGCUCAGGUUCGUGAAGGAACUUGCCCCAAGCACACUUGCACCUAGUACGCCAGGCUCGCGAACGCCCAGCGUGCUCUCCUUGGAAGAAUUCGCAAACGCAGCACGAACCCCGUCCAAUCAUGGCUCCGUGCGAAAUGAGUCGGUUGCUCCGGGAUUCGAAAAGUCGGACGUCCAGCCCCGACUAGUGGGUCUGAGUCAGCCUUUCUUCACACCGACGGUCCCGUCCUCCGCGCCGACAUCUCCCCCCAAGAACUCUGGCUCAAAUCCUGGUGCCACCAAGAAAGACGAACAUGCCAAGAAGAUCCGUGUGUUGGUCGCAGAGGACAACACCGUCAACCAGGAAGUUGUGAGACGGAUGUUGGCCCUUGAAGAGGUUUACGACGUGACCAUGGUCAAGGAUGGACAGGAGGCGUUCGACACCGUCAAAGCCAACAUGGAAACAGGUGCAGUCUUUGAUCUGAUAUUUAUGGAUAUCCAGAUGCCGAAUCUGGACGGCCUCCAGAGCACGCGACUUAUUCGCGAGAUGGGAUACUCAGCCCCCAUUGUGGCGUUGAGUGCUUUUGCGGAAGAGAGCAACAUCAAGGACUGCAUGGAUUGUGGUAUGGAUAUGUUCAUGAGCAAACCCAUACGACGGCCUGUGUUGAAGCAAGUGCUUCACAAAUUCGCUACUAUACCCGAGGAAUUCGAGUCCAGCGCAUCGACCAGUGCAUCUGGUUGA